CGAUGCUCAAGCCGAAGAUAUACUGGUUUAACAGCUUGAUACUUUAUUUUUGACACUUUGUAAUGUUGGCACGCUCAUCCUCAUUACUUACUCGCGCAGCUGUGUGUUCUACUUUGCGACGACCAUUUACUUCAACCUCCUUGGCACCGCUCUCGCACACGCCACUCUGUCGAGACGACGAACCAACACAGAGCAAAGCUGGAGGUAUUCUGGAAAGCGUUCUCUACGGCUCUAAACAGUCUAAGGAGGAGGAAAAGGCUACCCACUCCAAGGUACUGGCGCGAGGCAAAUACGUUCAUGAACUGCAAAGACACAAAGUGAAGCCUGACCGAGUGGAGGAGUACGCGGCUCUCAUAGCAGAGCACUUCCCCCGCAUAGCAAACGAUCCUGCCAACAACGUGCAUUUGUGUGGAAGUUGGUCAACAGAUAUUGGACAGCAAGAUACAUUUGUUCAUAUUUGGGAAUACAAAGGAUACCCUGGUCAUAAGGAGACUAUGGAACGGCUACAACAGGAUGCUCAAUAUCAAAGAUUUAUGAGGGACAUUCGCCCCCUGUUGAUAUCUCGUGAAAAUACGAUGAUGCUUGAAUUCUCUUUCUGGGCAACUUCUCCGCCACGGGUCACUAACGGAAUCUACGAACUCCGCAGAUAUGAAUUGAGGCCUGGAAAUUUACUCGAAUGGGAGAUGCAUUGGCGCAAGGGUUUGGACUGCCGUCGUCAGUUCUGUGAACCUGUUGGAGCCUGGUUCAGUCAAUUGGGAGAUUUGAACGUCGUUCAUCAUAUGUGGACAUAUCCUGAUUUACAAACUCGCAAGAUCACCCGUGAAGACGCUUGGCAAGUUGAUGGGUGGGCUGAAACCGUCACUAAUACUGUCCGUUUGAUCAACAAGAUGCAAUCAUCCAUCUUGAAGCCACUUGAGUUUAGCCCGCUUAGAUAAAUUAACCGGAAACAUAUACGGAGAGGCAAAGUCAAAGUCUUUUCAUAUAUGUGGAGGGGAUAUGGAUGAAUUCAAAACAUAUGUAAUGUGGUUUUUGUUGGAUGAGGUUUUCUAUCUAUAUAUAAAAACA